GUGAUGCGAUAAGGUGAGCACGAAGUGACGAGUAAGAGGUGAGAGGUAAAAGGUAAGGUGGGGAUCUACGAAGCCUUCGUACGCUACUUGACAUACCUAUAUGCGUAGUAUGAACCUCGCCUACCAGCCUGCUACAACAUCAUCAAUUCACCUAUAGUACAGGACUACAACAUAUCUAUGUCUUGGCCACGAUAAGAAAGAGAGUAUUAAAGUGGUUUUGUUACUUUUGGACUAAGAUACUUACUUACCUAUAUAUACUAGGUAUAUAGGUGCAUACCUAGGAAAUACUGGUAACUCUUAUCUACUACAUGUAGUUACUAGGUAUCUACCUAACCUAGGCACUUACUGUAUAUACAUACAAACCCAGGUAUACAAGUAGGCAUCUAGUCCAGUACCCACGAUGCGCCUCCCCCCCUCCUACUCUAUAGUGCUCAGUCUAUGGGUGACAAUAUUAGUACUCGCGCAGGCGCAACGGGAAGGGUCGGGGCAGAAAGUCGUAUUGUCGCCGCCGUCAUCACCAUCCCCCUCCUCCUCACCAGCGGAUGGCCACUCAUUACCAUUGAAGGGCGGAAAGGGUGAAGAAGGGGAAGGGGAAGGGGGACGUGGUGGUAAGGGUAACGGUCCGCUAGACGCAGGGUUUGCGGCUUUUGCGCGAGAGAAGCUGGAUCGCUGGCGUGUUCCUGGUGUUGCGGUCGCGGUGGUGGAGGGGGAUGAUGUGUGGGCUGAGGGCUACGGCAUCGCCACCUUCCCCUCCACCCCCGUCACGCCCUCGACGCUGUUCUACGCCGGCAGCACCACCAAGGCAUUCACAGCCGCCGUUGUCUCCCUGCUGAUCGCAUCGGGGAACUUUUCCACAUCCUCCUCCUCCUCCUCUUCUUCUUCCCAAGGGAAAACCCCCCUAAACUGGCAAACCCCCCUCUCGCACCUCCUCCCCUCGGACUUCGCCCUCCAAGACGGCAACGGCUGGGCCGCAGCCCACCUCACGCUCGAGGACGCGCUGUCGCACCGCACGGGGCUCGCGCGGCACGACAAGGCGCUCGCGAGACGGUACCCCCACCACGACGACAACGGCACGGAAACGCACCCCGGCACCGUCCGCGACGUGACGCGCUCCCUGCGCCACCUGCCCGUCGCGACGGAGCCGCGCGUGGGCUGGCGGUAUUGCAAUCUCAUGUUCAUGGUGGUGUCGCACGCGGUGCAGACGUUGACGGGGGGCCGGUGGCUCGGGGAGACGAUGCGGGAGUUGGUGUGGGGGCCGUUGGGGAUGGGGGGCACUUUUUUGAGCGUGGAGGAUGCGUUGGAGGGUGGGUGGGAGGUGGCGAGGGGGUAUUAUUGGGAUUAUCUGGGUGAGGUUGGGAAGGGGGGAGAAGGGGGAAAGGGCUUCGUCCCAGUCCCGUUCUCAAGCUUAUACCUAGCCAGCGGCGCCGGCGGCGUCGUGACCAGCGUCCUCGACUACGCGAAAUGGAUCCAAUGCCUCAUCCGCGGCGACAACGCCAACAACGACAAAAACGGGUGUCCCGUCCUACCGCCCGAAGCGCACCGCGAGCUCAAAGCCGCGCGCAUGGUGCUGCCCCCCUCCAGCCGCCGCGGGUACGACGCGCCGCUGUCGUACGCCCUCGGCUGGAACGUCGGCACGUAUAAGGGGAACAGGGUGUUCAUGCACAGUGGGGGCAUGGAGGCGCACGGGGCCGAGGUUUACUUUUUUCCGGAGCUGGGGUUCGGGGUUGUGGUGCUGGCGAACACGGCGGUGACGAGUAAUGUUGUGGGGUGGGAAUUGGCGUGGAAGUUGAUAAAUGAGAGGAUUGGGGUGCGGGAGGGGGAGGGGUUUGAUUGGGCUGGGCUGGGCAAGGAGAGGGUAGACGCUCAGCUUAAGCUCGCGGACACGGCUAUCGAGAGUCUGUACCCGGACCGAGCAGACCCACCUUUGCCGAGGGCGCUCCCGUUGGAGAGAUACGUGGGGGUUUAUUCUCACCCCGCAUAUCAAAACGUCACUAUAGAAUUGGUCGAUGGAGACAAAGAAGAAGAAACUGCUCAAAGACCUACGGAUAAGGGAGAAAGGGUGAAGGAGAAGGGCGAAUUAAAGGCGAUCCGCGAUAACAUGGAAUGGCAGAUGACCUUCGAGUUCCGCCAUGUGUCGGGCGAGUUCUGGGCUGUGGUAAUCGACAUGCUGAAUACGCCCAACAUGCUCUCGGGUCAGCUGGCCCGCGCCGAGUUUGUGGUCGGGGUUGGCGGGACGGUAGAGGGGUUGAAGAUGGAGUUUCUGGAGGAUGGGAGUGAGGGGGUUAUUGUGUUUGAGAGGAUUGCUUGAGUGGAUUAUAGGUCCAAUGUGGGUAUGACCUUAUAUAGAACAUCUAUGUGCCUGGGCAAUUUCUCAGACUUGAAAUGCCAGUAAAGGGUGAAUAGGUUCAAGUUCAUGAAUAGGGGUAGGUAGCACAUGCAGGUAUGUAACUUAAAAUAUAUACCCUCUAUGUAGAUAAUACCCACUAGAUGCAUAUAUUCAAAUCAACCGGGAUAUGAC